GCCCACCGCCCGCUCCCCCCUUUACGAUGCAUAGGCGAUCCUGGCGAUAAGCCUGAGCUUCAUGCACAAUGGAGUCGCUGAGGGAACGGGGCCAGGAGUUCAGAAGGAGAGGCCUGCAGAUCCCGAAGAGGGCGGUGAGCAACCUGAAGCACAAGAUGACCAUGGAAAAAUACGAAUACGCACCGCUGCCCUCUACCGGUCAUAUUCGCCUACUCAAGCUUCACCCCGUUACAAAUUCGAAGGACACAUCACUAUCUGUCGACCUAGUCCCCGUAUUACUGGACGAGGCUCCAGAGUUCGAAGCCCUCUCCUACGCUUGGGGAAAACCGUGGCCGAGAUAUGAAAUCUGUUGCGCUGGCCGCCGGAUCGACAUUGGGUCAAGUCUUUAUGGUGCUCUAUGGCACAUGCGGCAACAACAUCCAGGAGAUACGUUCUGGGUAUGGGCCGAUGCAGUGUGCAUCAACCAAUAUGAUAUCGCGGAGCGAGAGGCGCAAGUCAGCAUGAUGAGCGAGAUUUACGCCAGGGCGUCCAUCACGGUGAUUUGGCUAGGAUGGGACAACGAAUAUAUCACACGUGCCUUCGUAGCCAUCCAACGGUUCAGAGAAACUUGGCAGACUCUGCGGGAAACCCUCGAUCUCCCUGUAUACCUGGGUCCUUCUGCACCUGCUGCAUCGGAUGCGCUACGAGAUGUGUUAUCCAGGGACAACAACUCGGAAUCGCGCCGACUUCUACGAGAUGCCUUUGGUGACGAUAAGAGCCAGACCAAGGCGAUGGAAGACAUCUGGGUCCUACUGCGCCAGCCCUGGUUCAUGCGAAAAUGGGUGAUCCAGGAGGUGGACAAGUCGAAACACCACGGGCUGGUCUUCAUGGCCGGGAAAUCCUGGACGCAUUGGAGUAAUUUAAGCUACUGGUUCCAAUUCCUCUCGAUGAAUCUGCACGCCAGAGACACAUUCUUCUUGGCGUGCCCUUGGAGGACGCCGGUUCCCAAACAUGGCGACAUAGAUUACCACAAGAUGUUUGACCGCGGGUCGAUGCUCGGCCAAGGUUCAGAAUACUCAACGACCACGCCCAUAUGCAACCUUCUGAUAUUUACAGCCACUUUCAAAUGUGCUGUCCCCAGCGAUCACAUCAUUUCUCUACUGGGUAUUGCAUCGGACUCAUCAACACUCGAAGGCCUCAUCGAUUAUAACAUCUCUACCGAUGAUCUAUAUUGCCGGCUGAUGUCUGCCCAUCUCGACCAUCCCCUUAAGCUCAGGGUUCUGUGGUCCACCCUUGACAUGCUAUCGGUGGAACAACGCGGAAAGAGCUCAUGGAUACCAAACAUAGAACAAUUGGCUUUGAAAUUCCCCGCCUUUGACAAUUGUAUUCCCGCUCCGGGGCCCUAUAGGCUGGCAGAUGCUUGUGGGAGUACGGAAAUCGAGGCAACCACCAGUGGCGACACGCUGCUGAUAAGAGGGCGCAUCAUUGAUGCUGUAGAGCACCUGGGACGGCUUACGACUACGCAGUAUUCUGAGACAAGGCGUCCCCUGUACGACGGCGACUGUUCCAAGCGGAAUAAAACCACAUUGAGAAUGUGGGAUGACUGGCUUGAUGAAUGUCAAACAAUGGCAAAGUCAGCCGGUCAGGAUGGCCAGGAGUUUGUAAAGGCUUUGCUGAUCGACAGUCUCCUUGGUGUGUCCGCAGAGGUCACCGCAGCUGCAAAGAAGGAUUUUUUCAAGUACCGACAAAUCCAGAAGUCCCUUGUCGCUGUCUCGGAUGAGAAGCGUGCCUUGGAGAUUAUAGAAAGCAUGACCUUUGAGUUGGCCAAGUCCGUCGAGGUCAUCUCGGCAUUUAUCGUCAAUAUGCAGUACAGACGUUUCGGUCACACGCGAAAUGACAGGUUAGGAUGGAUGCCGUUGGUAGCGGAAGAUGGGGACCAAAUAUGCGUGUUUGAUGGCAUGGAAUUCCCGUAUGCCGUGCGCAAGAAGGAAGGGCCAGAAGGAACUGGGAACUACGUGCUUGUAGGCGCGUGCUAUAUCUCGUCGCUCCUGAAUGGAGAAGCUAUGGAGUUGCCUGGUGUUGAGUCGACAAUAAUUGCGAUUGAGUAACUAGCUCGCACCGAUAAUAAGGAUGACUGCAACAA